AUGGGUAACGACGGUGGAAGUAUCCCCACCCGCCGCGAACUCGUCCGCGAAGCGGCCCGCGCCCCGAGCACGGCGCAAUUGAAAGAAGCCCAGCGCGAACAGCAAGAACACGCCUGGAAGAACUGCCCGCUCUCGCACAAGGCGCUCGCACGGCCUAUCGUCUCAGACAGUGUCGGGAACUUGUACAACAAGGACGCGGUGCUUGAAUUUUUACUUCCCGGUGACGACGCCGAGGGCAUCGGCUCCAAGUCUGACUGCGAGGAAGUGCUAUGCGGCCGUGUGAAGUCUCUCCGCGAUGUCGUCGAGCUUCACUUCGAAAUUGACACCGAGCUCUCCGAACACCCCUCUGACCACACCAAUGCGCACCGUCACGAGCGCCGUGAGGGUUGGAUCUGCCCGAUUACCGCUAAGCCAUUGGGCCCCGGCAUGAAGGCCGUCUAUCUCGUGCCUUGCGGUCAUGUUUUUGCUGAGGAGGCUAUUCGUCAACUGAAGGAAGACAAAUGUCUCCAGUGCAACGAGCCCUACACCCAAGACAACAUCAUCUCAAUCCUGCCGACCAAAGAAGAAGAAAAGCAGCGUCUCCUCACCCGCGCCCAAAAGCUCGCCGAGCAAAGCCUCACCCACUCCCUCAAAAAGGCACCAGGCUCAAAGAAGCGCAAGAAGCACGCCGCGGAAACCUCGACCGAGGCUCCCUGCGGUACCACCGAGAAGCCUGACACUGUGGUUCCGAAGCCGGCUUCGGGAUCAAACAGUCGAAGCAAUACUGGCACCCUGAACCCGGCUACCUCUGGAAAUGGCAUCAAGAAUGCUUCUACGGCAUCGCUUGCGGCCCGUGUGCUGGAAGAGGAGAAUGAGAAGAAUAAGCGGCGCAAGAUGAUGGGUCGCAAUGAAAAUAUCGAUAGUCUCUUUACCAAGAAGGAAGAUGGUAAGAAGACUGGUGAUUUCAUGACCAGAGGUUUCUCUAUUCCCGCUGCCGGGCGGCGGUAA